AUGUGGGACCUUGUCGUUUGGGCUGUUCAAUAUUUGGAGCUUCGUUUACCCACUUGGGGUGUUAAUGAAUGGCUUUAUAGCGGGAUUCAAACUGGUUUUGUUCCUUAUUUGAUCUACUAUUUGGCAGUUUUCACCUUUCUGACUCAAUAUCUGGGUACUCUUCUAGUGGCUGUGAAUCGAGCCUCAGCACUUUAUCAACCAACAGCCUAUGAAAAGACAAUCGACUUUUUGUCAUGCAACAUCGAGUCGAAAGAUCUCCCAUUCACGUUAACAAAUAAAAACCUGGUUGAUCUGAGUAAUUGCUUGAAAAGGGCAACCAUCGGAAAUUUGAGUCUAAAAAGUUGCACAUGGGAUUCCAAGGAUAAGCAACUUGGGAUCACUUGGGAUAUUCACUCGACAAUCGAUGCAUCAACGAUCGCUUUCCUGUUUCGUGUCAAUCAAUAUAUGAAAGUUAACACCAGUUUCCUCCCAAUACCGUUUACCACAAAGGUCGACAACUUCGAAUUCUCUCUUGCUGAGUCCUAUCAAAACACCUGGAUUGCUUUAGCUUUCGACCAAGGAAUACUAAACUACAUUGAUCUGGAAUCGAAAAACAACAACGAAACAUGCAACUAUGAGCUUUGGUUAGACAAUCCUCCAGGAGAUAAUGGUGGAUAUCCAGACAAGCAGUUGCUCACGAUCAAAGAAACCGAACCACUAGUGGAGCAAUACCUCGAAAACAGUCGCUACAGUCUCCAAAUCCCGGCUGGCUGCUCGCCAACAAUUCAACUCAGACAGACUGACAAAGACGCUGGGGGGACAGCCCUUGUCACGACACUCGGCUAUCUCGACCCAUACAACGAAUUCCCUGAUGAUUAUUAUUUGAGCCGAAUGAUUUACUGCGUAAGUUUUCUCUCGAACGUGACACUUGAGGUGAUGAGGGUUGUCAAUCAUGAGGUUACGGUUAACCUCUUCGAUGCUCAGCUUCAGUUAAUUGGGAAUUUUACGAUCGAUGCUGGGACUUUGAAUACGACCUACGAGCUUUCGGACAUCAGUGCCAUUCAACUCUACUGGUCUCCUCAUGAAGCCACUAGUGAUUCUGGGGUGACUUUAGAGGGAGUUGUGUCCUUUGAAAUGAAAGAUUGGCUGAUCGAUAACGAGGCGAAAACAGAGAUUUGGGGUAAUGAGAGAUGUAUGGAAGAUAUGGCCGAUCUUCGUGCUUCACUUUCGAGGAUAUUGAAUGCGAUGCUAAAGAAAAACCUUUCAACGUUAAACGAUUUCGACAAAACUGUCACUAUUCAAGUAAUCGACUCAAAUGGUGGCUAUAAUGGAGGGUUUUUGAAGGGUCGAAAAGUGUUUGCUGGUCGUUUCGAUGAAUGUCGUGGGAUAAAAUACAAUGGAGCUGAUCGAUCGAAUGUUUGGGAAGGGGAUAUGUUCAGAUUCUACUUCGGCAAACAAAAAGAUUCAAUCUGUGCAUCGGGAUCGAUCCUUUUCGCCUUUGAUCAAUGUCUUCCCAAGUCAUGCAAAGUAAAUGAGAUACGAAAACUUCUCGAGAUCAAGGAACACAAAGACAUUUGCCUUGUCGUGAACAACGAUUUCGCCAAAACGUACAACAAAAACAAUUGGCUCUCCUGGUUUCUCGGAAUUCUCAUGAUAGCCAUCUUCGUGGUGAGUGUUAUUUCCGGAAUCAUCGACUAUUUUCUCGCUGAUCACAUCGAGGGAACACAAAUUAAAGAUUUGCUCUGGUAUCGUCUCUUCAUCGCUUUCUCUCUAUCGAGCAACGUGAAAGGCAUUUUAAAUACAAAAGGCACAAAUAAGCCCGGUCAAAUCGGUCCCCUUCAUUGUAUGCGCUUCUUGUCGAUGGUCUGGGUCAUCAUGGGUCACACAAACGAGAAUUUGAUUUCAUUAACAUCAAAUCCACUUGACAUUCUUGAAAUUUCGAAAAAAGCUCAAUUCAAUCUUCUCUCGAACACAUUUUUCGCCGUUGACACAUUCUUUUUCAUUGGUGGCUUGCUGUUGGCUUAUAUUUGGUUUAAAGAAUUCAAGAAAAAUCGUCGAUUGGCUCUUUCUUUAAACGGUUGGCUCAUGUUUUACAUUCAUCGAAUUUUACGAUUAUCUCCUCCCUACUAUCUAGCUUUCUUCUUUUGGGGCUAUAUCUUUAUCCCAAAUAUGCCCGAAUCUGCGAAUCGUUUAUUUUCUGGUGGUGGAGGUAAUGAUCCUUGCCGGAGUUUUUGGUGGCCAGCGAUGCUUUACGUUCAGAAUUUGGUUCAUCCACAACAUCAGUGUUAUGGUGUCACUUGGUAUCUGGCAGCUGACAUGCAAAUGUUUGUCUUUUCUCCGAUUCUUCUCGUCACUCUGGCAAUGAAUUUGCGACUCGGCCUCAUCAUUGCAGGAUCAAUUCUUUUCCUAUCAACAAGCGGAAACAUAGCCACAGUCUACCAUUUCCAUUAUCCACAAGGACCCCAUGUUUUUGAUUUACCCGAUCCAAAAGAAAGCAAUGGAGUUAACUACAUGUGGUUAAUGUAUACCUCACCUUGGAUUCGUUGUCAGAUUUAUGUAAUUGGACUUCUCAUUGGAUACCUUUUGCAAUACAAAAAACAUCUAAAGAUUAAUAAGUGGCUAAACUUGUGUCUUCUACUUGCUUCAAUGGCUUUUAUGUUGUUUGAUGUGAUGGUUUUGCACUUAACACCACAUGAUAAAGUGAUGCCAAUCUUCUGGCGAGCCAUCUAUUCAGCUUUCUCGAAGCCUUUAUGGGGAUUGUGUCUGUCAUUGAUUGUCAUUUCAUGUUACUAUGGAUAUGGAGGCCUAAUCAACUCAUUCAUGUCGUGGCCUGGAUGGGCUCCAUUGGGUCGUCUAACUUAUUCAGCUUAUCUCAUUCACUAUAUGGUCAUUUACUACUUGAUCACCAUUCAUCCAUCCGAGAUCAUUUGGGGAGAUUAUUUCGAUAUUUUCACUUCUUUCGCGAUUCCAGCCAUUUUACUCACCUACUUUUUGUCGCUGUUUUGGAGUUCAUGCUUUGAGGUGGCAAUGGGAAAGGUUGAAAGCAUUUUGAUCGGAGGUCGACGUAAGCCUGAGGCAAAAAAUGUCGAGAUUAAUCAAAACGGAAAAAAGAUUGAGACUCCAAAUGAUCACGAGAAACCUCAGUCAACGAUUGUUUCGAUGGAAAAAGAU